UUAAAAGUCACUGUCACCUAAACGCCAAAUUGCCAAUGGCUACAUAUCGCGAUUAACAUGAUAACCGAUGUGGGUAUUUUCUCGAUGAAAUAAACAUUUUAUUACAUCAAAUGGUGCAAACUUAGAUAGUUCAUUUGAUUUUAUUUAUUAAUUUUUAGACAAUAAAACCUAAAAAGUGUACUUGAGAUUAUACAAUUAGAUUUAUUUAACAUUUGUGACUGUGCUUUGAACGUUUCAAUAAAACUCUUCAAAAAUGGAUGUUGUCGGCAGUGAAAUUGGUCAAAAGAUGCGGUCUGCAAUCAAGGCCAAGCUUACUGAACUGGGCUGUUAUGUGGAUGAUGAGUUACCUGACUACGUGAUGGUGAUGGUAGCAAAUAAACGUACCAGGGCCCAGAUGGAGGAUGACUUACAAUUAUUUCUCGGUGACAAUACUGAACUAUUUGUGAAUUGGUUACACCAGGUGCUUAAAAAACUUCAAGAAGUUACAGUGACGGCACCAUUAAAAGAUCUUGAGAAAAAGAAAGAAAGAUCUACAUCUAAAGACAGAAAGGAUAAAAAAGAUAAAGAUAAAUCAAAGAAGGCCGAGUCUUCUAAAAAAUCAAAGAAAAAGGAAAAAGAAAAGAAAUCUAAAAAGAAAGAUGAAAAGAAAUCCAGUAAACAUAAGAAAAAAACUAAGCAUGAAAUGAUUCGUCCCAAUAUCCCACCUUUACUUAUGAAUAUGGAGAAAGAAUCUGAACCAUCUAUAACAGACGUAUUUGCUGGUCAAAUAUUAAAGAAUCAUGGGAUAUCACUUGAAUCAUACAAAGAUGAUCCAAAACAAAUAGAAAAAAAGAUUGUAAUUAAUGAAUUAAAACGACCAAUAGUGCCUAUAAUUGAUCCUGCUACUAUAUCUUCACAAAUUGAAACAACGUCAACUUUGGAAAAUAAUCAAAAAAAUUCUGAUGAAACAAAUGAAACUCCGGCUGUAGCAAAUCCUAGAGAUGAUAAUAUUAAGGAAAUGAAUAAGAUUGAAGCGAAAAUACAAGGAUUAAGACAGAAAUUAGUUGAACAAAUGGAUUCUAUCUCAGACGAUGAAGACUUUUUGAAUAUAAGAACUGAGGCAGAGGAACUAAUGAAUGAUUUCGCGGAGGAUGUUUUUCAGGAAAUAUCUCAACCUCCUCCAGUAACACCACCUUUAAAACCUACUAAAACACUAACACCCAUCCAACAACCGUUACAUCAAAAACCAAAUUUACCCAAAGAACCAGAAACCCUUCCCCAGAUAGAAUUGAAUCUACCCAAAAGGUCAAUACGCGAGAGGUUGGGUACCCGCGAACCAACGGUUACGAGUCAAGAAGUAAAGGAAAAUUUAUCAACAAAAAAAGCAGAGAGUCCUGAAAGGUUUACUCCUGAAAAGGAAAUGGAAAUUCGCCCUCAGGUCAAGUCUGCAAAGAGUCGAUUAGGAAACCAGAGUGAACCACAAAGGAAACAUUCUGUCUCGGAGGAAACCUCUGAGAAAUCAGAGUCCACCUCAAAGAGACUGACUUCAAAGGUGUCGUCAAUAGAGGGCCGCUGCGCGUCCGUGGUGCGCGUGCGGCCGCGGCCGCGCGGCGCCGUGCCCGCCUCCAGCCUGCUGCUGCGGGCCGUGGCCGACGCGCACAAGAGCCUGCUCAGUAUACCACCAAAGGUAGAUCACGAAACGCAAAAAGUUAAGCGUGCGUUAGUACUGCCAAUGCGACGCGCGGUGGAAACGCAAAAGAUAGUCAUACAAGUGCCCGUGGACACGCACUCAGACAGCCAGGAAGACAUUAUACGCUUGGGCGAGAUGGACAGUGAGGGAGAUGAUAAAACACCCAAAAACACAAAGAAGGAUGUCCACAAUCCUCAUAAUAUAACAAAAGUUAUUAACAAUACUGAAUAUAAUUCAAAUAGAACGAAUCGCCAAGACAAUAACCUUCUAGAGACCAUCACCGUUCAUAACACUACAGUCGAUAAAGACAAAGGAACACAAUUCAUUGUCACAAUGGAUGGCUAUCACCCGAACGCAUUUCUAGCUAAGAAAUUAAUGACAGAAGGCCUCUUAGACGAGGAUGAUUCUACUAAAAAAUUAAUAGAACCAUUAAAACCUAAGCAAAAAGACACUAAUCAAACUAAAGAAAAUGUAGCAAUAACAGAAAAUAAUAAUGAAACCACGUCAAUUGAUUCUAAGAAAAGAAUAUCUAGUACAAGCGAAGAAAGUGAGACUCAAGUAAUUAUUAACAAACAAGAAAUUCAAGCUGAAAAGAGAAAGACAGAGAAUAAUGAAGAAUCUAAAGUCGACGACCUUCAGGUACCUCCAGUUAAGAAAAGAAAAGCUUCGCCAAUAAUAUUUGAUGUUGACAAGAAAGAGAAUGAGAAAGAUAAAGAGAGGAUAAGAGAGAGAACUGUUAGCGCCAGUAGUGAUAGUGUGACGCUGAAUACAAGCGCUAGUACCCAUAAAUACGAUGAUUUACCUCCGUUAAAUCAAACGGAACGUAAGCCGGUAUGGUGUCGUACGUUCCCGCUUUGCCGCUUCGGAUCAUCGUGUGCCUUUCAACACCCGCGCUGCAAGUUCGCGGCCGCCUGUACACGUCGCAACUGUCCCUACUCGCACUCGCCCCUGGCGCCCCUCACCGCUCCGACGCCCCUCGCGCCCCUCGCCCCCCUCGCCCCGACUGUUGGGGUGCCCCUGCUUGCGUCUCACGUGGUACCGGCAGCAAAUUACAAAUCGAUAUCAGCGGUGGUACCUCCCAGUAUGUGCAAGUUCUACCCAAACUGCGUGAAUCCCGCCUGCCACUAUUACCACCCUAAACCCUGCAGAUUCGGCAAGGCUUGCACAAACAAACUCGAGUGCAAUUUCUACCAUAAUGAUAUGCCUGCUAAAUGGAAAUAUUCUAUUUAGAAAUAUAUUAAUGAGUGAUGUUAUGAG